UUACAGCAGCCAUGGAUGCCAAGAAGCUCUCGCUCCUGCCGUCCUUCAAAUCAAAGAAACCGCUCCACAGCAACGCGGGGAAGGAGGAUGAUCGGACUUCUUCGCCGGAAGAGGAGGCGCAGAAGGUUUCUACUCAAUCCGCGAGUGUCUGCGGCGUGGCAACUCCGGCGAAGGCGUCCGAUCGUCCUCGCCGGAUGCGCCAUCGUUCUGCGGCGAUGUCGAUUAAGGAGGUUAGAGAGGCGGCUAUGACGCUCAGGGAAAGCAGAUCUGCACGGCCUUCAAUCAGCGAUCUGGAAAUCGUCUCGGAGAAAGGAAAUGUUCCCAAGCCUAAGAAGAAAUCAGCUGAUUCCGAGACUGCUCUUCCAGAACAAUACAAGUUGUUGAACGAGUUCUUCAACAGUCUAGACAAUUCAAUCAGGCUGCUCCAAUUGAAGAGAUACACAACAACGUUUACUAAUAUUAGCCCCCAAGUUGAAAAACUUACUGAUAGGAGGUUCACACACGGUCAUCUGGCACAGCUGAAGUUCAUCAUGCCAGAGGCCAUUGUGGUAGAAAAGGUCCUGCGGCACGACGAGAGGACUGCCUGUAUGAAGCCUGAUCUUCGCAUCACAUUGAAUGUUGAUGCAAUUGAUGGACAAUCCACAUCAUCCAGUAAAACUUUACAGCUUCGGAAAGUGUUCCGUAACCGGCUUUUGGAUUUCUUCAAAUCCCAUCCCGAGGGCGAUGUGGUUCCAGAGGGUGAACUGCCGGAACCAUUUGGCCCAUCGAGGAAAGAUCCUAAAUCAAAUUUAGUUCAAGCACCUUCUCCAUUGCCAAUGGUAGGACAAACUGUUGCUGCCUCACACUUGUUCCCGUCCUUCAAAAGGCAAUUCUCACGACAAGGCUCGACACAUUGCAUUGGAAACCUAAAGCAGCACGAGUCCAAUGUUUCCUCCGAUGAAAAUGAAUUAAGUGGGAAUGGCGUAAACUCUCACACUGAAUCAUCCUCGAAGCUGCCUUGUGAAGAUUCGAGGAAUGAUAUUUCAGAUAGUACACAACCACUGGCUUCUUCUACCGACAAAACCCCGGUGAAAUGUAUUGCUUCUACUCCUCUGAAAUUGAUGAGCUCUACGCCGAGCAUUUGUCCACCCAAGAGAAGCUACACAAGCCCAGACGAUAACUCAAUUACAUCGCCAAACAAACUGGUGAGACGGCCGGCACGGUCCAAGAGGCCUUUGAAAUUCAGCUCGCCUGAUGAUGACAUCUACGACAUUCUUCCGGAGGAUCUCCUGCAAGCGAUUCAAGAAAAGGAGAGGUUAGCUGAAUUGGAGAAUGAUCCGGCGAUCUCCCAAGCCAAAAAGAGGAAACAAAUGAUCGAUAGCUUGCCACAGUUCUUCGACAUGACGUACUUCCUCUUUCAAUCCGUCGGAUGCUCUGUCCUCGCUAAAGAGGAGUUGAUACAAAAAAUAAUCACAGGCCAUUUGGAGAUUGUUGACAGAAGUGAAGUUGAAGAACGGCUCAGAUUGCUGCAAGAAGUAGCUCCAGAUUGGCUUUCGGAAAAAACUUCUUUAAGCGGAGAUGAGUUAAUCUGUGUGAACAAAAAAAUAAUACGUCCUGACGCUAUUCGGGUGCGGCUAGCCGAGGCCAAAUGAGAAGAACAAUACAGCUGCUGAUGGUUUGUGUUGAUAGUAUGUAUAGUAACUUGCAAUUCCAUUACAAGUGAAGGGAAGAAAAAGGGUGAUAUGUGUUGUUCUUGCUAACACAAUAUUAUGCUAUUAAUCAAUAAAAAUGUUGUUAUUCUAUUGAAAUCUAGCAUUUCUUUUGUAGUGAAAUUAUGAAAUUGAAUUAACAAACUGAAAUAAGCAAAUUUGAGUUUGAAUGGUGAUGGUUGUCUUUGGACUCUGA